AUGAUUGUAACUGAUUUUCAACCAUUUAAAAUAGUUGAAGAUACAGGAUUCAAACAAUUUGUAAAUUUAUUAAAUCCAAAUUAUUGUUUACCAACUCGACAAGCGAUUUCAAAGACUUUAAUUCCUCUUGAGUAUCAGAAAUGUGUUUCUAAAGUGGAAGAUCUCAUAACAAAUGAAGCAGACAAUGUGUGCCUAACGACUGACUGUUGGACAUCUAGAUGCAAUGAGAGUUAUAUAGCAGUUACGGCUCAUUUUGUAAAUAAAGAUUUUAUACUCAAAUCAUUACUUAUAGAAUGUAGUGAAUUUUCCGAAAGGCACACUGCUGUAAAUUUAAGUGAUGAAAUUCGAAGCAUUAUAACUAAAUGGAAGUUGGAAGCUAAAGUUGUUUUAGUAGUUUCAGAUAAUGCAAGCAAUAUGAAGAACGCUAUACAUACAUUACAUUUAAGACAUUUGGGCUGUUUCGCUCACACUAUUAAUCUAGUUGUUGAAGAGAGUCUUAAAUGUGAAUCUGAUUUGAUUAAUAAAGUUAAGACUAUAGUCACACACUUUAGAAAAAGUACUAUAGCCCAUAAAAUUUUGGAAAAAAAUCAAAUUAAUAGUGGUAUUAAUGAACCUAGAAAAUUAAUUUAA